GAAAAUUUUCUCUUUCGCUCAGACUGUCUGCGAACCCGAAGGACACAGGACAUGUACGUUUAGCCUGAUAGUGUACUUAAGCUAAGCAUUAUUGCAUUCUAAGCUGCCUCCAUUCGGUUCUAUGAGUAUCGCUACGUAGUCUGCAAUCUUUGUGAUAACGAACGAAGAGUUUGGUGAUAGUGUAGGGACAACAGUGGGCUAGGCUUUCUUCUUCUAAUAACCAUCAACAUAGUCUUCCAUUGUGCAGCACUUUUGUAUGCUACGACGAGUGAAGUUUUCUCGUUAUCAUCGCAAGUUAUUGAUUCCAUCGGAAUCCGUCGCGUAUCGAUCGCUUUGUUUGUUUAGUGCGGGCCAUGAGUUCCGUUUUAUGAGAUUUGGUGCUAUCGUGAAAGGUCUGCUUAUUUCAAUUUGGAAACAGCUUAAUCCGAUUAAACCCAAGAUGGCAACGUCCAGACGACAGUCGGGCUCCGCCAGCGGUGCUGGUUUGUUACUUCUCCUCGUCCUUGGUUCGGUGCUCGAACCCCACGUUGCCCGUGCCAAAUUCGCUCACUACGAAACACGGUACAUCAACGAUUUCAUUAAUUACACCCGGCCGGCCGCAGAUAUAAUGGGUUCCAUCUACUACGACUACGACAACAAUCCAUCACGAAACGCCUUCAACCAGGAGUACGAGAACGGUGGCCUGGCGGGGCUUGGUCUUAACGUUCCCAUGCCGGCAGCAGAGGAACAAACCGGAACCUCACGGGAGGACGAAACAACUCGUCCACCCGACAUCUAUCCGGAUCCGGACCAGAUUUACGCCACAUUUUUGAACAAAAGUGCGACGAAGCGAAAUCGUUUUCCGGGAGACGAAAAUGUGAUUAAAGUUUAUUCCUCGAAAUCGUUGAGAAAAAAUCCGCAAGCUCGUGUCGAUGAUGACGGUUCGUUCGAUAGCCUGAACAACGACAUGAAAGGUCACGAUUUGAUCGAUAACAUAAUGUACAUCUACUACGGAACCAACGGAACUCUUCGAAAGGAUCUCGGUAGCAAUGUGAUCGUGAUAGGGGCCGUAUUUGCGCUGGCUCCCCAGAUUUUGACGGGGAUAAUUUUGUUUCUUCGAAACCGAAGGCUUCGUCAUUUCAACACUUUCUAUCCUAUUUGUUUGAACUUGCUACUGAUGCUGGCCACAUCUAACUUCUCAUUUGUUCUGGGAGUACAAGCCACCCGAAUUACGGUAAAAUGUGAGCUGAUAGCGAUUCUACUGCACUAUCUGCACUUGAGUACCAGCAUAUGGUGUUUUAUCUAUAUCUACGUGAUUUAUGAUCUAAUAGUAAAUGAUUGUGGACCUAAGCUGAAAUAUAACUAUUUGAUGGGAUACGGGGUGCCGGCGGUUUAUGUCUUGUUUUCCUAUGCCUCAUCGAUCGAUACUUUUGAGUUGCAUCGCUAUUGCUGGAUGUCCAUUCAGAAGGGAAUGAUCGUGAGCUUCAUGAUUCCGGUGUCGUUCCUAAUUAUCUUGACAACAGUACUUGGUACGAUCACUCUGAAAAGAAUCUCCAGCAAACAAACGGAAAUACUGUGUGAAAGCAUCGAGAGCAUAAUCGAAACCACAUCAAAGUGUAAUGACAUCAUGUUCCCGAGGACUCCCGCUUUAGGGGUCAACCGUAGCAACAGCUAUCCCCAGCUGGAACUGAAGGAAAAAUGCUGCCAGGAGUAUUUGGCUCGAACAAUGGAGAAUCGCCAGUCGGUUGUCACAUUACCCCAGCAAAGCAAUCACGGCUUUAGUUUUCAAAACAUCAAAAAAUCCCUCGACUACUACGAUACGCGAAUCGAACUAGGGCAACUCUCACUGGCGGACUUGUCGACACCAAGUAUGGCGUCCGAUUUUCAGGACUUUACCGAGUUCAAGCGUGCGAUCAAGUUUGGCCUGUUCUUUCAACCGAUCUAUGCCAUAUGCUGGUUUCUGAGUGUGAUCGCUCUGGAGAAUAUGCACUCUUGUGUGAUGCCAGUGAUUUAUGCGAUCUGUUUGAACAUUUUGAACUGGUGCAUGUUAGUCCGAUCAUCGAAUAUCUGCCCUUUUAUCGGUGGAAUGUCGGAGGAAACACUGGAAAAGGCCACACUCGACUGCGGUGAUUCGAUGAAUGCUACCAACGGUGUUGGGACAGACAAUGAAACGACUCAAGCCAGCAUCUGCACCGAUACGAUUCCUCUCCUGUGCGCCUCGAACCCAUCAAUCAUCAACAGUGGAAAGGUACCAGUGCUGACACCGACGCCAUCAUUCACCAGCCCCAGCACGAUUCCGUUGAGAAGGAAAUUUUCCACCACUUCGGAGCAUGAUCCUCAGACGCUUAACUUCAUCAGCAGCAAUAACCUGAAGAACACGUGGGAGUCAAGUGUGGACCUUAACCACGUGCACGUGAAAGCCAGCGAUUGCAUUAGCACUAUCAGUAACUAGAUAAACGUAGUUUGGUCAACUGAAAUCACUAGAAAUUGUAGAAUAAAAAGCAAUGCUGGUCAAAUCUGCGUGAAACGCAACGGUUUUAUAAACCAUAUCAAGAUGGAAGGAAAAAAUCGUAAGCUUCGAUUUAUAUACAUUUUAAAUUGUGAUACUAAAGUUAGAGCCCUGCUCAAUGCUAUCCAAUCAAAAAGUACAGAAACAUUUUAUCAAACCAGCACCUAUUUCGAAACUUACCAACACAUAAUUCAUAUUGCAAUGCAUUUUCUAACGUCAACUUUGUUAGCUAAUGGUAGAGAUUUCUCUCUGAACACUAUCGACUUUUUUAGAGCCAAAACCAAAGGGAAAUCAGUAGAUUGCAAAUUCUAAACUACUGUUCACUAUUCAAUAGCACAAGUACUCAUUUUAACACGAAAGAAGAACAGACCAUAUGUGAUGCUAUUUCAAAACCUAAACAAAACACAAAUACAUCUUCUAUAGUAACAAAUUUAGUGCGUAGAAGUCAGAAAAAAACGUUUACAAUAAAAUUUGAUUCUACACAUAUUAUAUGACAAUUUCAAUAAAGUACAGUACAAAAUGAGUCGCGUAUUGAACCUGCGGAAUUCGUAAAUUGCAGUAGAAUUGUUACACGAACAAAGUUGGGCUCAAAUAUAUACAUACAUAUAUAUCGAAUGAAGUAUCGGUUUUUGGAAUAGUAUAUACUUAGUAUACCGAAGAACUAACAGCAAUAAUAAUUGUCUUAACUCCUAGCCGAUGAACCGUUAUUCCUAGCAUUUUCUCUAACAUUUACUGUUCCCAAGCAUUAUUCAAUUCAAAACAGUGCUCGAAUAUGCCUAUACAUUCUUCCUGUUGUAUCUGUUAAGCACCCUAGGGUAAGAGGAGCUGUACCAAUCAACAACCUAGCAGAAAAUUUACAAUUUCCACCUAACACCCAUUUGGAAUUCCUAAUAACCGAAGAAGCGAGAGAGCAUUAGAAGUCAUUUUAACCAACCCAAUGAUAUCUAUAACCAUACCAGAGAUAAAGGCCAAUUAAACUGUA